AUGCCGGAUGUGAACGAGGAUGCCGCCAAGACAGAUGCUAUUGUGAAGAUUUUCCAGCAAUAUUAUCAAAUCGCCAGCAAUUCCAUCAGCAGUCGAACUUCUUUGAUCAAGGUAAAAUUUUUGCUUGAAAAUUAAGUUUUUGCCUUUAGGACGACUCCAUUCGAACCAGUGUCCUGCAACUGGCCGAUCGACCCGCCCCGACUGUGGCUUUGUACAUCUGUAAGGUUAGUUUGUAUUUUUUAGUUGUUUUGUUGGAAUUUAGGUGUGAAUUUGAAGACUAAUAGAGAGUUUGAGACUGAAGAAGAGGUUUUUUGACCAGUAGAUCGUUUUAUGUAAACGUAAUGCGGUUGCUUGUUGGGGUUUCAGUAAUCAAAACAUUUGUCUUGACCAGAAGUCAAGUGUAAAAUAAAUUUUUGUGUUGCCCCUCCCCGUUUUCCUUCGCAAAAAAAUGGACACGCGAGUGCGUGCAUGUCUCUCUCGUCCUGGGCCUGCGGCGAGUGUGGGGGUAUAGCUCAGUGGCAGAGCAUUCGACUGCAGAUCGAGAGGUCCCUGGUUCAAAUCCGGGUGCCCCCUAGUGUGUUUUUUUGGAAUUUUGAGUAAAACUAUAAAAAGGCGAAGGUAAAGUGAAAUGUUUUAGUUGAUUAUGGUCCUCUCCGAUCAGCGGAAGCACGCCAGAUUGCUGGCUGAAGCCGGUUACAUCCCGAUUUUGGCCCGUUACACCGAACAAGAACAUCUGCCGGUAAAGCUGCUCACGAAAUUCCUUCAACUACAAAAUCGACUUAUCAACGCUCAGAAAGACUCCAGCAGCGAGGCCAAGCCGGAACCGAGACGUCGCACCAAAGAGUUGGUAUUUAUCUUACCCGUCUUGACUGAGGUGAGAUUUUUUACUUUUUUUUUGCGUUUUGAAAUUUAGAUGAAGCCUGAAAGCUGUGAUUUUCAGCUCCAACAAGCGUCGAUUAGCCAGAACACUCUGCAAAAGAUCAAGGGAAUGGUCUCCCUCUCGUUUAAAUUGAAUGAAGACAGUUCGAAGAGCCAUUGUGUCAUCAGAUGCCUUCUUCAUGUUGAACCGAAGGUAGGAGAAGAUUUUUUGAUCAAAUUAGAAUACAAGGUUAUGUGACAUGAGGAUGGAAUCUUAUUAGAGAAGCUGGCAUUACGAGUUUCGUCGAAAAUUUGAAAUUUUUACCUUGUUUUAGGUUUGCUGGACAUCCAAAAUUAAAAAAUUAAAUUCUUUAUAAAGUUUUUGUUUUUUCGAUAGGGCAAUGGUCGUCGUACAACAAAUAUAUCUUGUUCUUACUGAGAGAAUGGUUUAUUUGUAUUUAGCGGCUUUAAUUUUUCUCUAAAUUUAAUCAUUUUUCGUUUCUUCAGCAAAUUUCGGACCAAAUUUUGAAGAGCGGCUUCGAGGAGUGCGGAUACCUCCACACCAACGAGAACGGAACGAAAGAAGUCUUUACCUUCUACAAAGACACCGAAACCCCCGCUGAAAUCGACGAUGGCUUCCCGCAGUAUCUGGACGAAAAUAUUGUCGCCUUUGACCCGAAAACUGCCCUUGCCACAAGCGACUGCAAACAAGGCCCGGGAUGGCUGUCCUCCGCCAAACAACUUUUUGGCUUCUGGUAG